AUGGCGUUUUUGCACGGGGUCUUGGAGAGUGUUAAAAGUAAUGAUGUUGUUGUAACUUAUGAUAAAGAUUCUUCAAAGGAUAAUUUAGAAAAGGUUCUUGAGAAGCUUAAAGAUUCCAUAGGUCAGGGAUCUGGUGCUGUGGUUAAGCAGGUUGCUGCGGUGAGUGGGUGGCUUAGAAAAUAUUUAGAAGCGCUAAAUGCUAAAACUACUGCAGUUAGUACGCGAUUAACAAGCUUGAAAGAUAUUACUAUAACUCCCCAAAUUGGUCAAAUUAAUAAAGAUUCCCCCCUUCCGGACCAGUUAAUCGCCUGGACCCAGGCGGUGACGGAGAUUGAUACAGCGGUAAAAAGCAUUGAAAGAGAGCAAGUUGGCGCCUUGGAUCCCAAGCUGAAAGAGAAGCUAGAGAACGAAAUAAAGCCAAUAAAAAGCGUUGUGGAGCACUUGAAAAAUGUUGGUGAAGAUUGGACCUUUACGGGACAGGUCACUGAAGUUGACAGGCAGUUGAAGGAGCAGAGAGAAAGAGUUGUGAGGGAAAUUGAUCAGAAAUCUGGAGAACUUAGAUUGAGUAUGCAGACAAAAUUGGCGGAUAUAAAUGACAAAAUAGAUUUCAUUGAAACUGAACGAACUCAUAAGUUGCAACCUUUGAAGUUCUCUGUAGAGCAGCUGGUGGAGGCUGUCCAGCAGGCUGACACAGCGGCGCAGAGGUUGCAGAAUGAGUAUGUCGAACAUAUUGUAGAUCAAUUGGAGAAGGCGAAUAAACAAGUUCAGGACCUUAAUACGACUCAAGUUGCUCGUGGACUCCAAGAUGUUUUCACAAACGUCACUGAGCAGUUGGAGAAACUUGCUUCAGGGUUGACACAUCUUCAGAAUCUUCAUGUAAACGUUGAAAAACAGGUGGACGAGAAGUUGGCAAUUAUUUCAGACCAGUUGGGAGAGCAGAUUAAGUCUCUUAAGGAGGGUGCGAAAAAAAGAGUAAUGGGUUACGUUAUGAAGCAGUUGCCUGGCAAAAUCAAGGAUGUGUUUGCGCUUCUUACUGUGCCUAUUCAUAAUAGUAAGGGCAAGGAUGGCGUCCUCGAUCAGGUUGUUACCGGUGUCGGGAAAUAUGCUAUUAAGUUUCGAAGUUUUGAGAGUAUAUUACAGGAAUGGAUUAAGAGGAUUUACAAGGACAAUAAACAAGUUAAGGGUUGGCUUGAGACGUAUGUUAACAAAUGUAUUGACUAUUUUGAUCCAGGCCGAAUUAAUGGUGGCAAUGCGGAAGAAAGAAUUCGGCAACUUACCCCAAUAAUUGCGCAGCAAAUCAAAAGCCCUGUAAAAACCACAGUAAAUGCCAGAAAUGAGGUUGUCCAAGAUUUGAAUGAGAUUCAGACUUAUCUGAACGCAGUUGCUGAAGCUACUCUGCCGAGCAAUGUCACCAGCGUAGUUGCGACAAUUGAAGCAUAUGUUGUAGAUGAUAGGCAGCUAGGUGACUAUGGUAGACAUUCUUCUGAUGAUAAAGAUUGUCUCAAGCGUGCCCUUGAAAUUAUUCUUACUGCCAUCUCUUCCACCGCCAGACAUGUUGGCGAGCAAAUGAAAAAGCUGGCUUCUGACGGCAACUUCACGAACUUGGCCGCGGCAAUGACCAAGCUCGAAGGACUUGCCGAAAGGCUGGAAAGAGAACUUACUCCCGACCCCUUUACACCAGGUAAGCUUGCCUCCCUGAUCCAACAUGACCUUGGCACCGAGGCCACCACAAAACAAAAUGAAAUCGACGAGCUGCUGAAGAAGGCGGUCUGUCAGGGUAUUGGAUUGUUAAAUAGUGACGUUAAGAAAUUCGUCAACUCACAGAUCGGUGAUAUUGAUGGUAAUAUACGACGGCAAAUUAAUAAGCUAAACAAUACAGGAAACCAGGCUGGCGUUAUUCAAGCGCAGAUUGCGCAGCUGCAGAAACAGAUUAUAUCUGUGCAAGAAGCUGUUACCUCAUUAAAGAAAAAGGCGGAAGGAACCAUAAAAAAACAGGUCAGCGAUUUAAAAGAUGAAGUUGCGGGGCUCAGAAAGAGCAUUGAGGAAAUCAACAAAAAUAUAAAAGCCUUCAAUGAGGAGCUAGAAAAGGCCAUCGCAGCCUCUAAAGUAGCCGUUCAACAAGCUCGCGAGACCCUCAGCCAAGAAAUAUCAUCUGUCAAGGAUAAACUCACCAAAACUGCGCAAGACGCCUUCGAAGCCGUCAAAAACGCAGUGCAGUCCAUGUUCUGCGAGCAGCAUAAGGCGGACUUAAAGGCGUUACAUGAUUUAGUAAACGAGCAAAACGCUGCGAUCUCAGAGGUAAUUAAGAAGGAUAAGGAGAGCGGCCUGAAAGGCCUGUUGGCAGAGAUGUACAAGGACACUGGAAGCAAAAUCAAUGAUCUCAAUCAAGAUAACUUCACAACUUUGUCCACCAAUUUUAAUACAUAUUCCACAUCAAUUCUCGACUACAUCGCCAAUCAAGUUGGGCGCAACUCACAUCAGACAUCCGUCACUGAGGAGAAAAAAGUGAAAGGCAUACAUGCAGCACUAUUAAAAUUGCUUGAGUAUCUUGAAAAUAAGGAGGAGAGAAGAUUCUAUUUCGACAACACGUCUCAAACGCAUUUAGAUGCACUUAACGCUCUGGUCACCGGCCUGGCGCCUACUCUAUUCGCCGGCUACAGCCACCCGGAACUAUUGGACGCGUUGAAGUUAGGGCUCAACGGUCUGACUGGGCAACUGGAGAAGGCGUACGUGAGUAGGUAUUCGAUGCAGCAGUGGGAAGACAAAGAAAAGGACAAUUAUGCCAGCAUCAUGGCGACAAUAACAGAGAUUUUGUUUACGGCUCUUACUAAAUUGAGAGACGGAUUUCUUUACGAUGGGUGGGCGCCGCACAAGACGAAUUUACAAACAAAGAAUCCGCUUGCAGAGUUCUUGAGUGCAGCCGGCUUCACCGUUUCCAAGUCUGCCACUGAGCAAAAUGGUGACGUGAAGAACAAUAUAGACAGUAAGAAUUUUUUGAUAAUCCUAACUAAAGGGGAAAAGCUGUUUAAAUCGCCAAGCCGAUUGUAUGGUUGCCCAUCCAUCGAAUUAUAUGAUUACCUGAAACUCUAUCUCCGUGUUCGUCACCUAACUGUUCCGUCAGCAACCACAUACCCCUGCUCUGUAAGAGACAUGUUGUCGUGGCUCACCGGUCUUCCACAUACCACCGUCUUCACUCAAGUUAAAAAGUACUGCACGGAUACGCUCAAUGAGAAAAUCGACGGGACAGAUAGAAUGCCGAACAGGGAGGAUCCCGUAAUUUGUUCAAUUCUUGAUAAACAAUUAUUUGACAACUUGUCCGCUACUUGCCGAAUUUCUUACGACGUACUCGCAACCAUCCAAGGCCACGGCCGCGGCUUCGGCCAAGCCGCCUAUCCUUAUGCGUGUAAUUUCAUGGACAACUCGCGUGCUUUCCACUACCCUGAAAGCGUUCCAAGUCUAUUCGAUAUGCUAACCGAAAUAUGUGGUCGUGUAUUAUGCGCACUAUAUUACACAUACAGCCGGUGCCGUACACCCUCUACAUAUCUCGGAUGGCGUUCUUGUCACUACGGUGGACACAUUGGCGGCUACCGAUCGGAUUGCGUUAAGCCUAGCAGCGACUCAAAUUGCCAACCCAAAUCGCCACUUCAGGCUCACCUAAUGGACGGCAUGGCUGGCUUCCUGCCGCAUAAGGUAGCGUCCGAGGGAACCAAGCUUUCAUGUGCCACUUGCAAGUACAACCAGCCAGGUCAGCAAUGCCUUACACCUAUGGGAUUCUGGGAUCUACCUAGCACAGCAUACGAGACUAGGCAAGGAAUUCAUCUGAUGGCAGCACUUACCGAAUUAUGUAAAAACGCCAAUUCGCCCCUGCCUUCACUGCUUCGUUGUCUAUGGGCCCUCUGUCCCACGGCACCGAAAACACUGGCCGACUUAUUUUCGUUAUAUUGCAAUGUUAUGCAAAAUCACUAUGCCUCCAAGUACCGGCAUGACGCUGAAUACAAGAAGCGGAUCAACGGCGCCAUCGAGAAAUGCUUCCCAUUUGAGACAUCGGUGCAUAACAAUUACCAAGCUGACAAUCUCACCGAUAAGCUGAGAGAUCUGUAUUGCUCAGAGGGAGAUCACAAAAGUGAUCAAAAGGAUGACAAACAUUGCGACCUUUGGAGCAUCAGCAGACCUGAGUAUAAGGAUUCCCAAGCUACAUGCUCGGUUCUGAAUUCCAACUGCGGUCCCUACCUCCAGCCACUUGGCCUCCACUCCAAUCACACGUAUGCACCCAAAAACGCAGCAUUGUAUUUGUCAUGGUUUGCAUACCUAACAGAAACAUUUUGGGAACAACUUGAGAAGUUGCUAGAUUCAUUCCAGAAAAUGUCGUGCAAAAAUUAUGGAUGCUCGUCUUGCAACUGUGUCGCCGGCAAGCACGGCGUUAGUGAGGAGGAGAAAUCCAACAAGGGCUGCCAUUGUCCUACCAUCGUAAAUUGCCAAGGCGUUAUGUCGACGUUUUACGGUUACGGAUUCACGUUCCGUGUAGCUAAAGAGCUUAUAAAUAGCACACCUAAGAGGACCUGCGAUAUAUUUGUCAAACAGCUGUGCACAGUGGUGAAAUCAAAAUACUUCAGAGACCUGUUUACAGAAAUCGACGAUUUUAUCAUUGACCGCCCUCUGGUCGCUCUCGCUCCUCUACCUGCUGCACAUCACGAUCGUCCGCCUCGACGUCCUGAGGAUCCGCUCCCACUUAAAAUCACCCUCAAGCCACCGCAUCGCCGCGCAGUCGCUCCUCGCCGCCGCACGCGUCAAGGCACUCGCCAACGUCAAGUACUUCUCACCGUAAUCGUGCCUUCACGUGUGAUCUGUGUAUCACCCACUAAACCACUCAACCACCCACACACUCAACCACCCACUCACUCAACCACUCACCCAACCACUCACCAACUCAACCACCCACUCACCCACUCACUCACCCACUCAACUACUCAACCACUCAACCACCCACUCACCCACUCAACCACCACUCAACCACCACUCAACCACUCACCAACUCACCUCCCUCCUUCACUGGUCGCUUCGCUCCCUCCUCCCUCUCCUCCCUCACCUCCUCCGUCGGCGUCCUUCACCCAAAUCCUCAUUUUCCACCUUCCCCCUCCACCUCCCAUAUCCCCUUACCUCCACCCAUCUUCCUCCUUCAUCGCCCUCUUUCGCCCCUUCACCUCCCUCACUGCCUCCCUGACCUAA